AUAAAGCAAGAGUAAACAGAAAGAGAAAUCUGAGUACGUGUGAUGAGGUUGUGCUCUCGGUUUUUCCGGUUUGCCCCUGAACGCAGCACUCGGUCCAGAUGCAGAGAUGCUUGCAGCCUCACCGCGCGGCCACACCGGGACAACAAAAAGCAAUGCGUAGGAAGCGGACAGCUCGACAGCUCCACACCGAGUGACCGAUCAUGGCCGGCCUGUGCCGGGACGCUGCUUCCAUCAGUCCGGCGGCGGAGCAGCACCGCGGCGGCCGCCGGCGGGAGCCGUGCGCGGACAGCGGGGACGCGGCGCAGCCGCUGCGGGAGCUGCCGCGCUGGAUGCGGCUGUACUUCUACGGUAUGCACGGCGUGACUCUGGAUGUCCUGCUCUCGUCGCUGCAGGGGGUUUUUAAUCAUCGCGACCCCAAGCUGGUGGGCUUCUCGUCUCCGUAUCUGUGCGUCAUGCAUUCGCUGACCCACUUCGUGCUGGAGAAGGUCUACUCCCAGAAGAGGUGCUUCCGAGGCCGGCCCGUGGUCUUCCAUCUGGUUUUCUAUCCGUCCGUCUACAUCGGGCUGCAGAUCCUGAUCGGGAACGUCAACACCCUGACCGAGCAGGUGCGGGUGGUGUCCGGGGCUCAGCUGGCAGUGCACUACAUCCUGGCUCUGUAUUUCUCCCAGGUGUUCCACAGACUGCUGUCAGGUCUGCAGUAUCACCCCUCCCGGUCUGCAGACCUCCAGGGGAAAGUCGCCCCUCCACAUGGCCUGCCGGGGGUUCUCCGCUUCUUCUUCUUUGGGAUGCACGGCUUUCUGGACGAGGUGAUGUUCACCUCCGUCUUCAACCUGGUGGAGAAGUCUGACCAGACCCUGAGCGGCCACACGUCCCUGUGGUCCUUCCUGAUGUACGGCAGCUGCAGCUUCCUGGUGGAGAAGCUCUACCUGCACCUGCACUUCCGCCGGGGCUGGAGCGCCUCGAGGAGGCUCCCCAUCUACAUCUGCUUGGUCUACGCCUGGGAGUUCUCCUGGGGCCUGGCCCUCAGGCAGUUCGACGCCUGCUCCUGGGAUUACUCGCACUAUCCGCACAACUUCAUGGGACUCGUCACCCUGCUGUACCUCCCCGGGUGGAUCUGCCUGAGCCUCUACCAGGACGUGCUGUCCAACGUCCUGCUGAGAAUCAAGUGCACCAAAGAUGGAGAUGAUAUGAAUGGAAGACAGGCAGAGGUCAAUGGACCUAAAAAAACACUAUAAUAUAUUAUCAAUCUAAGAAAUCGCACUGAAAAACCACUGAUUUUCCAGCUCCUUGUGGCUCAUCGGGUUCUUUCUCUGGGGUCGUUUUACCUGCCUUCGCUCAGGAUCAGCAUUUUACCCACUUUUCACAAAAAAUAUUUACUGCAAAGUUUCUCUGAAGAGAAGAAGACAUAAUCCAGGUUCCACUGCAUUCCACACAGAUCGUCACUGAUGAUUCAGGGUCUUUUAAAUGGCGAAACACAAUUCAGUGGCGACUUCCCUGACCCCAGUUAAUUUAAGUUUACCGACUGCCUUUUUUUAAAUCUCAUGCAAGAUACAGUUGCAAUAUGAACUAAGUACAAGGUUGAAUUCUUUUUUUAUGGAUUGCAGGUGGCAUGCACUGUUGACUGAGCAGUUUGGAUAUGCAGUGGCAUAUUUUUACUGUAGCACAUAGUUGCAUGUUUAAAUUACCACUGUUACUCCUAUUUGUUUGCAUGUGUACUUCUCACAGGCCAUUAAUUAUUAAAAAAAAACCCUCAGAAAUUACCCAAACAUCCAACCAGACAGGAGUCGUCAGUUUUGUAACAUCAGGAUUGUCAGUACACACAAAAACAAAUAAUAUAUAUAAAUAAUAUAUUAGACUAGACCAAUGAUGUAUCAGAGUUCUAUUAGAUAAAGGGACAGAAGCAAUCACUGACUUCAGAUGUUUUGGGGGCUGCACGAUAUGAAACAUCACGAUACUAUGAUGUAUUCUUGCUUCGCAAUUCGCACUUUUGUAUCACUGUGCUUCACACUCUUAAUCUUCAAUCCCAUGCACAUCUUCAGCGGUUAAACUGAUUUCUCUUGAUUUCCCCUUUUCUGCCUCUGACUUCUCACUGACCUUUGUAAUGAAGUGAAAUAUGAUCCGUCCAUCCACAAUCUAGUUCAGUAAGGUGAUAGAUCACACAAAUGACGAUGAAUUUGCGGAAUAUCAUGCAGCCCUACCUCCUACAGUCAUGAAAUCAAAAUAAUAGCAUCUGAAUUAUGAAGUGGGUCAGAUUCAGUGUUAAGACAAAGAAAGUUAACAUCUGUAUAUAUUACAUUAACAAAACAAACUUGUUAAAAUAAUCCUCUGACCAAGUACUGCAUGCCAACUAAUAGAGUAGAGCUCAACCCAGUCUAGUAUGUAGCAAAAGAAAAAAAAAACACACGUGAAGCACCAA